AUGUCGUCGUUCCGUGAACAAGGGAACGAGCACUUCAAAGCGGGCGACUACAAAGGCGCCGAGGAACUCUAUUCUCAAGCUAUCGCCGAACACUCACGCUCCGAUCCCAAAGUCUUCGCCAACCGGGCCCUCACCCGCCUCAAGCUCCAAGACUGGCAAGGCGCCGAGUCCGACGCCCGCAAGGCGAUUGAACUAUACGGCCCCAAAAACAACCAGGCCGCCAUGAAAUCGCACUACUACCUCGCCCAAGCACUGCUGCCGCAACGACACGUCGGCGAAGCGCUCGAAGAAGCAAAGACCGCAUAUGCGAUCUGUUUGGAAACCAGAGAUUCGAGUGCGGAGUUGAUCAGCCAGUUCAUCCUCAAGGCCAAACAGGCGCAAUGGCAGGCCAAGGAGACGGCGCGACUAAGACAAUUGAAUGAGACGUUGGCCCUGGUGGAAGAUUUGUUGGAUCAGCAGCUUCAGCGGGACAUUGAUGCCGUGGAAGAGAGAUAUAAAAAGGGAGAUAUUGGCGAGACGGGGAAGAGGGAAGAGAUUGAUGAUUUGCAAAAGGAGGCGGAGUCGAGACGGAGUAUUAUCCGGAAAGCGUUUCAGGAUCCGGCGAAUCCGGACUCUGUUGAGAGGGUCGUCCCGGACUGGCUCAUCGAUCCCAUUACGUUUGAAGUCAUGCAUGACCCCGUCAUCACGCCUACAGGUGUCUCGUUUGAGCGUGUCGGGUUGCUCAAACAUAUCAAACAGACUGGAUUGGAUCCUUUGACUAGGUUGCCUUUGAAGCCGGAGCAGUUGAUUCCGAAUGUGGCACUGAAGAAUGCGUGCAGUGAGUUUUUGGAAAAGAAUGGUUGGGCGGUCGAUUGGUGA